UUUUUUUUUUUUUUAACAUUCAGGAAGAAGAGAGGAGAGGAAGUCAUGGACAGAGGAGAGUUAACAGUGAAAUAACAUCUGAAAGAAGACUUCAAAACCAAGAGGAAGGACGGAGGGACACCAUGGGGAUGGAUUUCAGCACCCUGCGGACCCUCAUCAGCCGAUAUUGCGUCGGCGAGGAGAACUGGGUCGACAGCCGCACGAUUUACAUCGGACACAAGGAGCCUCCUCCAGGAACCGAGGCCUUCAUACAGCAACGAUUUCCCGACAACAGAAUAGUCUCCUCCAAGUACACGUUUUGGAAUUUCAUCCCGAAGAACAUGUUUGAGCAGUUCAGGAGAGUGGCCAACUUCUACUUUCUCAUCAUCUUUCUGGUUCAGCUGAUCAUCGACACGCCCACCAGUCCCAUCACCAGCGGACUCCCUCUCUUCUUUGUCAUCACGGUCACCGCCAUCAAACAGGGCUAUGAAGACUGGCUGAGACACAAAGCGGACAACGCCGUCAACCGGUGUCCGGUGCACGUGGUGCAGCAUGGGAAAGUGGUCCGCAAGCAAAGUCGCAAGCUCAGGGUGGGAGACGUCGUCUUUGUGAAAGAAGACGAGAGUUUCCCCUGCGAUCUGAUCCUUCUCUCCACGUCUCGAGACGACGGGACGUGCUACGUGACGACGGCCAGCCUGGAUGGAGAGAGCAGCCACAAGACGUACUACGCCGUUCAGGACACAAAAGCCUACAGCACAGAGAAGGAGGUGGACUCCAUUCACGCCACGAUAGAGUGCGAGCAGCCGCAGCCAGACCUUUACAAAUUCGUGGGCCGUAUCAAUAUCUACAUGGGAAACGAGCCGGUGGCCAGGCCGUUAGGAUCCGAAAACCUGCUUCUCCGUGGAGCCACACUCAAGAACACCGAAUAUAUCUAUGCGGUUGCUAUCUACACUGGCAUGGAAACCAAGAUGGCGCUCAACUACCAGUCCAAGUCCCAGAAAAGAUCCGCAGUGGAGAAGUCGAUGAACGCCUACCUGGUGGUUUACCUCUGCAUCCUCAUCGGCAAGGCCGUCAUCAACACGGUGCUGAAAUACGCCUGGCAGGCCGACCCCAACAGAGACGAGCCCUGGUACAACGAGCGCACCGAAACCGAGAGGCAGCGGCACGUCCUGAUCAGGGCGUUCACAGACUUCUUGGCCUUCAUGGUUCUUUUCAACUACAUCAUCCCCGUCUCCAUGUACGUCACCGUGGAGAUGCAGAAGUUCCUCGGCUCCUACUUCAUCAUGUGGGACGACGAGAUGUUCGACGAGGAGCUGGGCGAGCGAGCCGUGGUCAACACGUCGGACCUGAACGAGGAGCUGGGGCAGGUGGAGUAUGUGUUCACGGACAAGACGGGGACGCUGACGGAGAACAACAUGGAGUUCAUUGAGUGCUGCGUGGACGGACACGUCUACGUGCCGCACGCCAUCUGCAACGGACAGGUGAUGCCCGGCGCCUCAGGUAUGGACAUGAUUGACACGUCUCCAGGCCCCGGUGCGCGGGAGCGCGAGGAGCUGUUCUUCCGGGCGCUGUGCCUGUGCCACACGGUGCAGGUGAAGGAGGAGGAGACGGUGGACGGGAUCAAACACGGCCUCCACCAGGGCAAGUCGUCGUCCUUCUACAUCUCCUCGUCUCCGGACGAGGUGGCGCUGGUGGAGGGAAUGAAGAGGCUCGGCUUCACCUACCUGAGGCUCAAAGACGGUCAGAUGGAGAUCUUGAACAGGGAAGAUGAAAUUGAAAAGUUUGAGCUCCUGGAGGUUUUGACGUUCGACUCGGUCAGGCGGCGGAUGAGCGUCAUAGUCCGGGCGAGCACCGGCGAGGUGUACCUGUUUGUCAAAGGAGCGGACUCCUCCAUCUUUCCCCGGGUCGUCUCGGGCAAGGUGGAUCAGAUCAGAGCUCGGGUGGAGCAAAACGCUGUGGAGGGCCUGAGGACGCUCUGCGUCGCCUAUCGCCGCCUGAACCCCGAUCAGUAUCAGGAGGUCUGCCACCUGCUGAGCGCGGCCAAGCUGGCGCUGCAGGACCGGGACAAGCGGCUGGCCGAGGCCUACGACCUCAUCGAGAAAGACCUGAUCCUGCUGGGAGCCACCGCCGUGGAGGACAGGCUGCAAGAAAAAGCCGCAGACACCAUCGAGUCGCUCCACAAAGCCGGCAUGAAGGUGUGGGUGCUCACCGGGGACAAGAUGGAGACGGCGGCCGCGACGUGCUACGCCAGCAAGCUGUUUCGACGCAACACGCAGAUCCUGGAGCUGACCACCAAGCGCACGGAGGAGCAGAGCCUCCACGACGUCCUGUUCGACCUGAGCAGGACGGUCCUGAGGCAGCACGGCGGAAUGACGCGGGACGCCUUCUCCGGGUGCGUCUCGCACGAACCGCCGACGCCUCGUGUCGACGUCCCGGCACUUACCGGGCCUGGUGUGUGUGUGUGUGUGUCCAGAUUAUCAGGCGACUGCACCGACUACGGCCUGAUCAUCGACGGAGCCACCCUGUCCGCGGUCAUGAGGCCCGGCCAGGAGGAUUCCAACUCAGGGAAUUACAAAGAGAUCUUCCUGGAAAUCUGUAGAAACUGCAGCGCGGUGCUCUGCUGUCGAAUGGCGCCGCUUCAGAAAGCUCACAUCGUCAAGUUAAUAAAAGCCUCCAAGGAGCAUCCCAUCACGCUCGCCAUCGGGGACGGAGCCAACGACGUCAGCAUGAUCCUGGAGGCUCAUGUCGGCAUCGGCAUCAUGGGUAAGGAGGGGCGCCAAGCCGUGAGGAACAGCGACUACGCCAUCCCGAAGUUCAAACACCUGAAGAAGAUGCUGCUGGUUCACGGACACUACUACUACAUCCGCAUCUCCGAGCUGGUGCAAUACUUCUUCUACAAGAAUGUGUGUUUCAUCUUCCCCCAGUUCCUCUACCAGUUCUUCUGUGGCUUCUCUCAACAGCCGCUGUACGACACGGCGUACCUGACGCUCUACAACAUCAGCUUCACGUCGCUGCCCAUCCUGCUCUACAGCCUCAUCGAGCAGCACAUCAACAUGGACAUCCUGAAGAAGGACCCCUCGCUCUACAGAGAUAUUGCAAAGAACUCCAUGCUGCAGUGGUCCACCUUCAUAUACUGGACAGUGCUGGGCGUGUAUGACGCCGUCGUGAUGUUCUUCGGCGCUUACUUCCUGUUCGACAACACCACCUUCACCAGCAACGGACAGAUGUUUGGAAAUUGGACGUUCGGGACUCUGGUCUUCACCGUGCUCGUCUUCACAGUCACAUUCAAGCUGGCUCUGGACACUCACUACUGGACGUGGAUCAACCACUUUGUCAUCUGGGGCUCGCUGAUCUUCUUCGUGGUCUUCUCUCUGCUGUGGGGAGGAAUCAUCUGGCCCUUCCUCAACUACCAGAGGAUGUACUACGUGUUCAUGCAGAUGCUGUCCAGCGGCCCGGCCUGGCUCAGCAUCAUCCUCCUCGUCACGGCCAGCCUGCUGCCGGACGUGGUCAAAAAGGUCAUCUGGAGGGCGCUGUGGCCGUCCACCACUGAGCGCAUACAGAACGCUGAUAAGCUCUACAAGGGCCAGCUGUCGGAGUUCACCCCCCUGGCGUCCCUCCACGCCCCGCCCAGCCGCCGCCGCGGAGGCCCGGACAACCAAAGGAACCCUCGAAGGUCUGAACGCCUCGCCAAGAAAAUCAUGUUCACGCGCUGGCAGAGAGCGCCGCCAGACUACUGCACCUUCGCCCCGCUCCUCCGAUUCGCAGAUGGCUCUCGCCAUCCUCCGAGGCGGGGCCACGCCCCCCGCGGCGGGGCGGGCCCCGAGACCUCGGUCUAACGCAUCCCUUCCCGCCCUGUUCCUUUCGCUCCGAUUUGCAUCUGCUGAGAGUGGAAGACGGCGCUCGGAGGAGUUUAGAGUGAAAGUGGCCUUCGUAGCCGCUGUGGCGUGGACGGCGGCGGGCAGGACGCCGUCCGCAGGCUGCCACCGCCGCCGCCAGGAGGAAGGGACACUCCUGAAACCUGCGCUGUGGCCCUUUACAUGAAGUGUGCUUUACUCAUAUGACCUAGAACGGUGAAUGUGAUGAUGAUGAGGAAGAAGAAAGAAGAAGACUGUAACCCGCUUUAAGUCUUCUCUGUGACCUAAAGGUGUUUCUUGUCUUUUAACUCCUCCCAUCUCUCCUCCCGCUCCUCUCUCCGUCUGCCCCCCCCCCCCCCCCCCCCCCACUCUCCACUCUCCACUCUCCAUAGGACUAACUGGUGUUGCCUGUGUGCAAACAUGUUGUCCAGAAACACUCCGUAGGACUCUGAGGUCAGAUCCUACAUCGGUGUCGGGAGGCGUGUGUGUUAGACCAGGAAAGCUGAGUGUCGCCAAGCGACUCGGGAGUUUUUACUUUUUGUUUUUGUAACAUUAAAACAAAAAAAAAGACUAAUUCCUGGUUUGCAGGCAACACUUCAGCUUUCAAAUGUUUGUUUAGAGUGCUUUGUAGAUGUGCGUGCGUGCGUGUGCGUAAUCAACUCUAGAAUCUCUCGUCUAACUCAGUCCUAUAUAGAUAUAAUCAGUAUAUCGAUAUGUGGCUCCAAGCUUCAUAGAAUCCAGUAGAAAAUGGCUGUUUUUCUGAUUGCCUUAAUGCCACUCUGUAAAUACCACAACGUUUCCUCGUACCAAAGAAAGAUAAGCGAAACCUUCACUGUGGGGUUUAUCCGAUGAGAAGAGAAGCAGCACAGAGGACGUCGAGUGUUUUAAGCAAACAGCUUGAAAAGCUUUCGUUUUUAAAACUGUGCAGCUACGACCAUCCUGAACGAACCAUCCCGAAAAUAACCCCGGAAAAAACCGGCUCUGGUCUUGAUUGAAGUGCCCACUGAUACUCGAUGCCUUAGAUGCCCAAGAUGAGAACGCACACACACACGUUUUCACGUUAAGAAAAAAAAGCACUGAUACACUUUAAAGGUCGAUUUCUGUCUUAAAUAUACAUAAACAUCCAAACCAGACGUACUGCAGGAUUUAUGAGAACCAGAUUCAUGAACGUAAGUUUUUGGAAUUGGUAAGAAUUUGAAAAUGAAAUGAGAUAUUUAGAGUUUCUCGUAUUUGCUUCAUCAUCGUUCAAAAGCCUUACAAUGUGGAAAAUAUUUCUUUUUUUUUUUUUUUUUUUAGAUAUUACUACAACCUUCAACAGUUUGUUUUAAAAUGUGUGAGUUUUCUUUUUUUUUUUUUUUUAAUCAGACUGAAUCUGCCUGAAAAAAAAAAAAAAAACAAACCCAAAACUUUGAAACUAUUGAUGGAAAGUUUAAGGAAUGCGAACGCACAAGUGAAGUAGUUUUAAACUGUGGUUUGGUUAUUGUGCGGAGAGAAAAAAAGAGGAGUAACCACAGAUCAGGUGCUUGCAGCUUCACUGCUGGAAGGAACAAAGACGAGGAGAAGGAAGGAAGAAUGGAUUCCGUGUGAAGUCCUGCACGUUUAUGGAAAAAAAAAAUAAGUUCAGGUUGAAGCAUUUUUAUCAUUUUCAGGCGUAUUCAUUCCGGUUUUUUGUGCUGAGAACCUGCGAAGCCGAGAUUCUAACAAAGCUCGUUCACGUCUUUUAAAACAACUUUUUGUUGAAGGGUUUGAAUGUAUUCACUUCACACAACCUUCUCCUCAGCGCAGAGUCCUCAGACGAGAGAUGUUGAAUACUGCAUUCAACCCCUUUUCUUCUCUUUCUUUGUAGCUCUUUCUCUCUCUUUUUCUUCUCUCUCUCUCUCUCUCUCUCUCUCUCUCUGCUGAAGGAAGUUUUCCUACCUCUGUGACAGUCGUCUCAUCACCAUCACCUCCUCGUCAGUCCUCCUCACUGCAUCUUCUCGGCCAUCCGUCCGUCGCUCCAUCUGUUGUGUGCAACGAUAGAAAUGAGGUUGUUUUUUUUUUGUUUGUUUUUUUUGUACUCUCUUAUUAACCCUUCCAGGAAAAACCAAAGCCUUUUGCCGCCGUAGAGGAACUUUUAGCUGCUUUUACAUUAUUAGGUGCCUUUCCGCUGUAGUCCGCAGUCGCCCGUCGGUCCGUCUCUGCUCGCUUUCGUUCGAUAUAGGUACAAAGUCCCUGCAGCUGAGGAGAGACUGAGAGAACGGAGAAGUUACCGAGGGGGGGGGAAAAAUGAAUGUAAAAAGAAAAAAAAAACACACACAAUCAACAAACUAAUUGUAAAGCAUUUGCAC